AUUAUUGUUGAGUUUUAUGUGAACUAGUCCCGUCUUGGAGGGCCAUAUCGGACCGAGACUACCUUUCCGGUUUCUCUCCGCGGUGCAGGUCACUCCCUCCGCACUGUCAGCUCUCUACGCGCUUCAAACUUGCAGGCUCUCUGGAAGUAGUCUGUUCCCACCGUCUCUCUUUUUCCAACCACCCACAGGUUUUUUUUUUUUAAGUGACAGACUGUUUUGUAAUGUGUUAAAGUGUGUGUGUCGCGGCGGCUGUACACCGGGAGGAAUCACCGUGUUUUUUCUUCGCGUUUUUUAGUUGGGAAGCGGCGGGGAAAUGUCCAGCUGAGGAUUGGAAAUCCCGAAACCGCAGGGCCUGUUUUUGUAAUGAUUGAUCAAUGCUUCGACAAUGGCGGUAAAGGCACAAGUUUUAUAUGACUUCUCUGCUGAGCCUGGAAACAACGAGUUGACGGUGAAGGAAGGCGAGACAGUCACUAUCACCAAUCAGAGUAUCGGAGGUGGCUGGAUUGAAGCACAGAACUCCAGAGGGGAAGUCGGACUGGUGCCAGAAGACUACAUCGAGUUCGGUCAGCAGGUUCCAUCGUUCCCAGGUGCAGGAACCACAGCACCUACCCCAAGUUUUGGAAAUGUUGCACCUCCAGACUUGUCCAUCUUUGAUGCCUACGCUCCCCCUGCAGCACCAGCACAGAACCAGGUGGAUGCUGGGGGCUUAAGUCCCCAGCCGGAUACCCCCGACACCCCAGUUUCCCCCUACCUUUCGUCCCCUGAUGAGGCUAGUAACGGUAAUGAUCCCUGGUCGGUGUGGAACGCAGACCCCUCGGGGGGCACCAACAACAACUGGGCGUCCAAUCCAGAGGGCACCCAGACUGGGAAGAGUGCUGCUGACCCCUGGGGAUCCAUAUCCCAGGGCCACCCUCAGGCUUACCAGGGCCCUGCAGAGGAUGAUGAGUGGGAUGAUGAGUGGGAUGACAUGAAGUCCACUGGAGGAUACGCUGAGUCAGAAUCUGGAGAAAGUGGAGCAAUGCAGAGAGGAGGAGCUCAUGCGUCUUCAAUGAAAAUCUCCCUCAACAACAGGUUUCCUGGGUUCUCUAAGUCUGGUCCAGAGCUCUACCUCCUAUGCAAGCAGCUCCCCAAGGGCAAAGAGAAACUACCAAUCUAUCUGGGAGAAGUUGGUCCGGUGUGGUCUUACCCAGAAAGUCAGCUAGACUGUGUGGUGGCUGAUCCUAAGAAAGGCUCAAAGAUGUACGGCCUAAAGAGCUACAUCGAGUACCAAAUCACGCCCAAUACCACAAACCGACCAGUCAAUCAUAGAUACAAGCACUUUGAUUGGCUGUAUGAGAGGCUGCUAGACAAAUUCGGGUCAGCCAUCCCCAUCCCCUCUUUACCAGACAAGCAGGUGACAGGGCGAUUUGAGGAAGAGUUUAUUAAGAUGCGUAUGGAGCGGUUGCAGGGCUGGAUGACCAGGAUGUGCAGGCACCCAGUCGUUUCCGGCAGUGAAGUAUUCCAGAUUUUCCUCACCUACAAGGAUGAGAAGGACUGGAAAACGGGGAAGAGAAAAGCAGAGAAGGAUGAGACGGUGGGAGUGAUGAUCUUCUCCACGAUAGAGCCUGAAGCUCCAGACUUGGAUCCUGUGGAAGUGGAGCAGAAAUGUGAGCAGUUCAGCAAAUUCACCAAAGCCAUGGAUGACGGGGUAAAGGAAAUCCUCACAGUGGGCCAGGAGCACUGGAAGAGAUGUACAGGCCCUUUGCCAAAAGAGUACCAGAGAAUCGGCAAAGCCUUCCAAAACCUCUCCUCUGUCUUCACCAGCAGUGGAUACCAAGGCGAGUCAACCCUGACGGAUGCCAUGACAGCAGCGGGCAAGACAUAUGAGGAGAUAGCUCAGAUGGUGGCAGAGCAGCCCAAGAAAGACCUUCACUUCCUCAUGGAGACCAACAAUGAAUAUAAAGGUCUUCUGGGAUGCUUCCCGGACACCAUAGGAGUCCAUAAGGCAGCCAUAGACAAGGUGAAGGAGGCUGACAAGCUGGUGGCCACCAGUAAAAUUACCCCUCAGGACAAAGGCACCAUGGCCAAACGAGUCAGCACCAUGUCUUACACAUUACAAGCUGAGAUGAACCACUUCCAUAGCAACCGUAUCUAUGACUAUAACAGGGUCAUGCAGUUGUACUUGGAAGAGCAAGUCAAGUUUUACGAGACGAUUGCUGAGAAACUGAGACAAGCGCACAGUCAGUUCACUACAAUGUGAAAGCAACGGCCUUCAGUCUCGCACUACAAGACAAGAAGAGUUAAACCAGCUCAACAUCCAUAUUCUUGCUUACACUGCAUUCUUUUCCCUCCCUUUAAUUUAAAUUUCACUUCUCUCUUUCUCUCACACUUACCUCAUCUCUCUCAUUUACUGCUCAGGCCAACAGUCCCAGCUCAUGGUGUUACUUUUGUCUGCUGCUCUCGGAAGUCUGUGAACAGUUAGUGUGCAGCAGCUGAAAAGGGUUUGACACCAGUUUUUUUGGGGGUUUUUUUUGUAGGGCCAGCGAUGAUAACAGAACAAGACACACUAUUUACACACACCCUUCCUCUGUCCAAGGUCUGCAGCUUGUUACAGAGGAAGUAAACAUCACAAAGUCACAGUUUGUGGCCCUGAAUUGCUACAUUUCAUGAGUAAAACAGUUUUUUUUUUAUGCAAAUCUCUCAGCUAUGGGUGCAAACAUGCCUGUGCUCACAUUUUAUCUACCUAUUUUAAAGCAAUAUGGUGAAAAUGGUAAAGGAAAGGAUUUACACAUGGUGCAAAACUGUUGUCUGCACAUGUAGCGAUGUAGUAACACCAAAAACCAAAGCUAUCUUCCCCUCUUUCAAUAGGGGACAGCAGGGGGGUUGAUUUCUGAAUGCAGCAUUAACGAAAGAGAGCUUUACUGUCUUUUUCUCGGUCAACAUUAGGCCUGUUUUAAUGAUUGUAUUAGUACAUCUUCAGUGGAGCAUUCCUGCAUGUAUCCAAGUCUUGGAAGAAUAGGCAAAAGCAGAGUGUGUCGCCUGUCUGUCCACUGCUGGCAGUCCCUAGCCCCCUUUCAUCCCACACUUCCUCAAAAGCUAACAGGAAGCUCCACCUCCUUCCUGCCUUGCCCCUUUGAGGAAAAUAGAAAUGGUUGCCUCCCCCUCAGCAGCCUGUGCAACAUGACACUGCAGUUUACAUUUCAGGAGUGAAGACAAAAUGAUACUCAAGUUGGGGGUUCAUUAUUUUAAGACAUAAAGACCAAAUCAGUGAAUUGUAACCUCCCUUGCAGGUGGUACCGAUGCAUGAUUUCUGUCUCCCAGUUCUACUGAAGAAUAUUUGUCCUUUUAUUUGAUCAGAUUACGGUGUUUUCUAUGAAGGUGUGACAGCAAUGUUUAAUGUAAGAAUCUGUACUAUAAGAAGAGUUGGAUUAUGUUGUGUAUGCAGUUUUGCUUUUGCUUUUCACCGCCCAGUUUUCAAUCAGUCUCUAAUCUUGUUCACUCUUUUUUUUCUUAUCACUUGAUACAAAAAUAUACAUAUAUAUAUAUAUAUAUUCUAUUUGACCUAUCAGGUGCUUCUUGUCAUUGAGAUACUAUUUUAUGUAUAGAAGUAUUUGCAAUACAAUGUAACUCAAAGAGGAGCAGAAAUUCUGUUUGAUUUAUUAAACAAUGAUUUGUACUCA